AUGGUAAAUGCGGUCGUUCUGCUGCAUUCUGCGGAGAUGGUUGCCGCCGGUAACUGCAACGCACCCGCACCUGCUCCCGCCCCACCACCCGGGCCCGGGAGUAUCUCUCCCGACGGCUCAUGUGGCGGAGCAAAUCAGUAUAACUGUACGACUUCCCCCUUCGGAGACUGCUGCUCUUCGAGCGGCUACUGUGGUACCACUUUGGGCCACUGUGGAAGUGGUUGUCAAGACCUCUUUGGCACAUGUGGUGCGACGACCAAUAUCAGCUCUGAUGGCCAGUGCGGCUCCAAUGGCAAGACGUGUUUAGGGUCAACAUUUGGAGACUGCUGCUCAUCCGGUGGUUACUGUGGAACAUCCUCUGAUCACUGCGAUGCUGGCUGUAAUGCGGCCUUUGGCACCUGUUCCAACGCGGACUCGGGUAGUAUCUCUACGGAUGGAACAUGCGGGAAGAAUGGCAAGACAUGCAAGGGGUCCAAGUUUGGCGACUGCUGCUCCUCUGGCGGCUUCUGUGGCACUUCCAAAGACCAUUGCCAGGCGGGCUGCCAGUCUCAGUUUGGCACAUGUGGCGCAGAAGACAACGUUUCCACUGAUGGUACUUGUGGGACAAACGGAAAGACCUGUAAGGGUUCUUCCUUCGGGGAUUGCUGUUCUUCCACUGGAUUCUGCGGCAAAUCUACCGCUCAUUGCGAUGCUGGUUGCAAUGCUGCGUUUGGCACUUGUAAUGAGGCUGCUAGCGGUAUCUCUGCUGACGGUCAAUGUGGCAAGAACGGGAAGACCUGCAAGGGCUCUGCAUUUGGCGAUUGCUGCUCUUCCGGUGGCUACUGUGGCAAGUCAUCUGACCACUGCGAUGCCGGUUGCAACGCAUCAUUUGGUACCUGCAACACAGCUGCUGGAAGCAUUUCCACGGAUGGAACUUGCGGUAAGAACGGCAAAACAUGCAAGGGUUCAGCCUUUGGAGAUUGUUGCUCGUCUGGCGGGUUCUGUGGUAAAUCUUCCGAUCACUGCGAUGCUGGUUGCAACCCAUCCUUUGGAACCUGUAACGAGGGCGCCUCAAGCAUCUCAACCGAUGGAAAUUGCGGUUCGAAGAAUGGCAAGACUUGCAAAGGUUCAACCUUUGGUGACUGCUGCUCUUCCAAUGGUUACUGCGGAAAAAGCACCGACCAUUGUCGCAAUGGCUGCCAGCUGUCUUACGGCCUUUGCACUGGAAUCUCAAGUGAUGCAGUUUGCGGCACGAAAAAUGGCAAGACAUGCGCUGGAUCUGGUCUUGGAAACUGCUGCUCAAGUGGAGGCUAUUGUGGAAGCACUGGCGCUCAUUGUGGCCAGGGAUGCCAAAAAGAUUCAUCGAAAGGCUGCCUCACAGCCAACAUCCCGUCUGUUGAUGGCACUUGCGGCUCCAGCAAGGGAGGUUUCACAUGUGCUGGUGGGCCUUUUGAUGGUCAGUGCUGUAGCUCUUCAGGGUUUUGUGGAACGAGCUCUUCGCAUUGCGGAACUGGCUGCCAACCUGGCUCUGGACGCUGCACCUAG